AUGUUCCGUCAGGCAGCAGCAUCGACAUACAGGAGCGUCGCUCGCUCGAGCGCGCCCAAGACCGGCUCGUUCGUCCAGACCCGUCUGGCCUCGGGCGGAUCCUCCUACAACCAGCCCACCGGUCACCUUUUCGCCGAGAAGCCCCUUUCCAAGGGCCAGAAGCGCGUCAAGGAGGACUGGGAGAACAUGUGGUACAUUGGCAUGUUUGGAGGCCUUGUCUUUGCGGGCGUCGUCCUCAUGUUCAAGCCGGAUACGAGCGUCCAGCCGUGGGCCAUGGCCGAGGCCAAGAAGAGGCUCGAGGCGUCCGGAGAGGUGUGGCAGUACAAGCCCUCGCCCAACUCUGGCCACCCCAACGGCGCCUGA